GCAGUGAUUAAAUCUCAUGUGCAAGUCUCGCGAGUGUUUGGAUACGGCCCUGCUGUGUAGCUGAAGAAAACAAUUUCAGUGCAGGACACAUCACAAUGAGUUAUGCAGACAAGCCGGAUGAUAUGACUAGAGAGGAGUGGAUGGAGAAGAUCAACAAUGUUCACAUUCAGCGAGCAGACAUGAACAAACUCAUCAUGAAUUACCUCGUGACAGAGGGUUUCAAAGAAGCUGCAGAGAAGUUUCGUAUGGAGUCAGGAAUCGAACCCACCUUAGACUUGGACUCCCUAGAUGAGAGGAUAAAGAUUCGAGAGAUGAUCCUGAAGGGACAAAUUCAAGAAGCCAUUGCUUUGUUAAACAGCCUCCACCCAGAACUACUGGAUACAAACCGUUACCUUUACUUCCAUCUCCAGCAACAACAUCUGAUUGAGCUGAUACGUCUGAGGGAGACGGAGGCUGCGCUGGAGUUUGCCCAGUCUCAUUUGGCGGAGCAGGGAGAGGAGAGUCGUGAGUGUCUGACGGAGAUGGAGCGCACGCUGGCUUUGCUGGCUUUUGACAACCCGGAGGAGUCUCCCUUUGGUGAUUUGCUCAACAUGAUGCAACGGCAGAAAGUGUGGAGUGAGGUGAAUCAAGCAGUGCUGGACUACGAAAAUAGAGAAUCAACACCUAAGCUCGCAAAACUCCUGAAACUCCUGCUAUGGGCACAGAAUGAACUGGACCAAAAGAAGGUGAAGUACCCCAAAAUGACCGACCUCAGCAAAGGGACCAUUGAGGACCCAAAGUAAAACACAGUAGCCUUGUGCGAACUUACUGUGGAGAACAAGAUGGACUCCAUUGCUCCCCCAUUUUAUUUAUACACAGUCUGUGACUGAACCUUAACUAUCUUUCGUGAUUGCUAUUUCAGAGACUAUGAGUUCAACAUGAGAUUGUGAACUGGAUUUUUUUUAAUGUUGAAAAGUGACUUGCUGAACAUGAAUGGCCAAAAUAGAAACACCUGUAUGCUGCAACAUUGGUGACCUUCAAUUUCAUGAUGUUUGUAGAUCUGUAUACAGUAGGUGGAUUGAGUUUCACUGUUUGCUCUGUACUUUUCUAGUACUGUUUCUGGAAAUGUAAGGAAACCAUUCAGUGGACUGUUUAAGCCUAAAUUAGGCUCCUUAUGAAGAGUGAAGAUGCCCUGUGUCCACUGAUCAGAUGAAGCACUGUACACAAAACAGUACUUUGAAUAUGUCAGAGGUUGAAUGUAUUUGAGUUUAAUAUUGAUGGAAACCAACUGGUUGUGUUUGCUUUUUGAAAUUUUCUAUUUUAUAAAUGUAUUAUUAAGGGUGAAUAUGGGGAACAGCUGCCUGUGAAUAUUUAUAAACAUGUUAUUGCAUUGUGACUCUUGCUGUUUCCUUAAUUUAGUUUAAUGCUGUUUACAUUGGUGUCACAUAUAAUGUGAUUUAUAAAGGCUGAUAAUCUUGUAGUUUCUACAGUCAGAGGUUUAGAAAAGGAAUUAAAUACAGUUUCAGGAAAAAGGAAACAUGGAGUGGAAUUUAAUUGGGCUGUACAUUAUAUCAGUGUGAGUGUCAUUAAAUUAUUUGCAUUCAAUCCUUUGCCCAA